AUGGCAUCUUUCGAAAACAAAGUCAUCGCCAUAACCGGCGCAGCCUCCGGCAUGGGGCUUGCCACAGCGAAGCUACUCGCAUCCCGUGGAGCCAUUAUCUCUCUCGCUGAUAUUAACGAAGCGGCGGUCAAGGCGGCUACCGAGUCAUUGACGGGAAGCGAUAAGCAUAUGUACACCGUGGUCGAUGUGCGUAGCAGCCAGUCAGUUGACGCAUGGAUCAAAUCAACAGUAGAAAGACUGGGCAAGCUGGACGGCGCCGUUAAUAUGGCUGGAGUCAUCACACCAGCCAAACCAAUUACUGAAGAAACCGAUGAUACUUGGGACUUCAACUUUGCCGUGAAUACACGAGGUGUCUUUUUCUGCUUGAGGGCCCAGCUGAAGGCAAUGACGGCCGGUGGUAGCAUUGUUUCUGCGGCUAGCGCCUUUGGCCAAAUGGGUUCGCCUGGGGUUGCUCCGUACUGCGCCAGUAAAGCAGCUGUGAUUGGAUUAACGAGAACGGCAGCGAAGGAAAACCAGCAUAUAAGAGUCAAUUGUGUUGCGCCAGGCUCUGUAAACACACCCAUGUCUCAGGGAGAGAACCCGGAGGAUGUGAAACGCGGUCUGCAAGCAACGGUGCAAAAGCGACGCGCUGAGGCCAGUGAGAUAGCUACUGUGAUUGUGCAUUUGUUGAGCGACGAGGCAUCUUUUGUGACGGGAACUGUUUAUAAUGUUGAUGGCGGUUGGCUUUGCUGA